AAGUCCCAAACACGAGGAGUCCUCUUCCGACGGCUCUCUCUCUCUCUCUCUCUCUCUCUCGGCGAAAACCAGAAAUCAAUACCUCCAAAAACAGAAGCAGAAGCAUACACAGAUAUUCGCAGCAGGCAGAAACCUUAUUAGCUGCAGCAAGAAAAAAGAAACCAUAGACCUUUUACACUGGUACACACAGUCGAUACGUAUCAAUUUUUUUAUAUGUAAAUGCACCAGAAAAAAUCCGAAACUCAACAACAAGUCGCUUCCGAUUUGAACCCAACCCCACCACUUUACCUUCCUCCAAACCACCAAAAUCACCUUCAAAUCCAUGCCCAAUCCAACUCACUAAGCACCAUCAUCCACUUUGUUUCCAACCAAAGCAAACCCCACCCUCAUCUCACACUCCACAACCCACCAACACAACCCCACCAAAACCAGUUUCACCGCGAACCCAUUUCCAGCAAUCCCUCAGCUUCACAAACCCUUCGUUCUGCGCCUCAUAGGAGGCCUAUAAUGGCCCAAGCACCUUCCACAGUUUCAUACUGUUCACCACCAACCCCUAUCAAUAAUUCCCACCACAAAACUUUGGAUGUACAAUCUUCAUCACCAUCUUUUUCCCACUCGACUCCUUCGUAUUCAAUUUCCUUUGCCAAAAAAGCACUGGCCCUCAAGUUUUUCCGUCAUUUGCGAUGUGCUCGUUUGCUACGAGCUCGUUUUCGCUUUCUUAUCCUCCUUUGCUUGCCUUCUCUUUACUACUUCGUCUCCAAUCCUCGCCGCUCUUUUAUCCUUGACUUCCUUUCACUGCUAGUUUUCUCCGCUGCCCUUUUAAUUUCUCUCAAUCUUGAACUCCCUCGCCUGCCCUCGAUUCGAUUAUUCUUUGGCCGUUCGUUCCCAAUUAAGUUUUUCUCAGCUUCCUGCCCCUCUAAACCAUAUCCGCCUGUUCUUUGGUCAAUUGGGUCGAAGCCCGAAUUGGUAAAAAGGCCAAAUUCAGGGUCUUCUGUGCAAGUUUAUAGCAAUGGGGAUGUUUAUGAGGGUGAAUUCCACAAGGGAAAGUGUUCUGGAAGUGGAGUUUACCACUAUCACAGGAGAGGCAGGUAUGAGGGGGAUUGGAUUGAUGAGAAGUAUGAUGGGUAUGGGGUUGAGACGUGGGCAAAAGGUAGCAGGUACCGUGGGCAGUAUAGGCAGGGCUUGAGGCAUGGGAUUGGAUUGUAUAGGUUCUACACUGGAGAUGUCUAUGCUGGGGAGUGGUCUAAUGGGCAGUGUCAUGGGUGUGGAGUCCAUACUUGUGUGGACGGGAGCCAGUAUGUGGGGGAAUUCAAGUGGGGUGUCAAACACGGUCUUGGUCGUUACCAUUUCAGGAACAGGGACACAUAUGCUGGGGAAUAUUUUGCAGACAAAAUGCAUGGUUUUGGAGUCUAUCAGUUUGGAAAUGGACAUCGGUAUGAGGGAUCCUGGCAUGAGGGAAGAAGGCAGGGAUUUGGUUUAUACACCUUCAGGAAUGGGGAGACACAAUCUGGUCACUGGCAAAACGGGGUUCUUGACAUUCCUUGCCUGCAACUCACCUGUCAUGGAUCUCCCUAUGCUGUCAACUAUACCAAAGUUCUUAAUGCAGUCCAGGAAGCGCAGCGAGCUGCUGAGAAAGCAUUUGAUGUGGGGAAGAUGGAUGAGAAAGUGAACCGAGCCAUGGCGGCGGCAAAUAAAGCAGCAAAUGCAGCAAGAGUAGCUGCUGUAAAGGCUGUCCAAAACAAAAUGCAUCUCGGCAUCAACAUUGACGAGACACCAAUUCCAUCCGUAUGAAUGAUCCUCUAAGACCUUACCUCAUCAACAUUAUGCAUCCGCUAAAGAAUGCCUACCACUACAGCAUAUUAGCUUUUACAACAGAGAAAGCAACAGAAGCACAAACAAGUCGCCUUUUCUAAAUCCAUUUUUCUCCUUUCUUUUGCCGUGAAUGCUCCAUUGUCAGUGCUGCAUACGAAAGGUACCUGCUUGGAACCGCAUUCGGUCAUUAGAGUAAAUGGCUGAUUGAGGAGCAAACAGGUUCCCUCCAUUUUGCUGGCUUCAAGAAGUGUGCAUAGGGCGUUUGAAGUUUACAAGACAUAGAGUGCAGAUGGACACUGAGCAGCUGUCUGUGUUUAGCAUAGGAUUUUCUUUCACAACACUUGAGAGUCAUCCUGUAAACAUGCAAGUGGUCGUAUGAGUUGGCGCUUGGAUAAACUUCCCAGCCAAAGUUGUGUACACCAUCAUUUCCAGGAAGAAAAGAAGAAAAUAUAUUCUUUAUUA